CUAAACAAAAUGGAAACAACCCAUUUGGGGGAUAGUAGCUAAAGAUGCUUAUUUACUCGUUAGGUCACCAACUAGGUUAGCUCUAAUUUGGUUACCACUUAACUACCGCAUUUAAUACAUCUUCCCUCCAAUGCACAUUAUACCCUUUUUUGUCCUCCACUUACUUUCGGAUUAACAUUAUAGUACAUCGACUCUGUGAUAGUAGCUAAAGAUGCUUAUUCAAUCUCUAAGUCACCAACUAUGUUGGCUCCAAUACACUUAACUACUACUUAAAGUAUCGAUUAGACUGUGUGCAUCUGAAAUCACUUGUCAUCCUGCAAAUACCAAAUUACACACAAUUGCGCCAACUCAUAAUAUUGUGACAAGUUGCUAAUGUGUAUCCAUUUGGGCUUUUGGGCUUGCAGAUUCUACAUUGACGACGUCCCAAUUCGAGAAAUAAUCCGAAACGACGAAAUGGGCUCGGAGUACCCAUCGAAGCCCAUGUCACUCUACGCCACCAUCUGGGACGCUUCCACUUGGGCCACCUCCGGCGGCCGGUUCAAGGCCGACUACAAGUACGCCCCCUUCGUCGCCGAAUUCAAGGACCUCGCCCUCGACGGCUGCCCGCUCGAAGCCGUCCAGCAGGUCGCGUCGGCGGCGGAGGAAUUGGACUGCUCCGACAGCCACGCCCGGCUCGCCGCCGCCGAUUACUCCACCAUUUCCCGAAAGCAGCGAUACGCCAUGCGGAGGUUCCGGCAGCGGUACCUCUACUACUCCUACUGCUACGACACGCUGCGGUACCCGAUCCCGCCGCCGGAGUGCGUGAUCGACCCGAUGGAGAAGGAGAGGUUUAAGGACACCGGGAGGCUGAAAUUCGGCGGCAGCCACCGGAGCCCUAAACGGCGGUCCAAGAGAAGGAGCCGGGCUCGGGUUGUCCCGGUUAUUGUUGAGGACCCGGAUAUGUGAUUUUUCCCGUUUUUGUGAAGUUUGUUUUAUUCCGGGGGUUGAUUUAUCUAUAUGAUUAGUUUAUAAUUAGUAAUUAAUUACCAUUGCCCACCUGUAAAUUGAAAGCUCCAUCUCUGUCUCUCCCCCUCAGUCUCUUGUAAUAUAUCUGUUUCUUCAUUUCCCUCUUGAGUUUUGGUAUAUGCAAUAAAGGAAGCAAUUGGUUCUUCAUCUUACAACCCUAGAUUUCGUAGAUGGCAAUUUCGACUUAAUCCAUUCUAUUUGAUAUGGAUUCGAUGAGAGACGAGUAUGAAUAUAGAGAUACUCUAUUGCGAUUCUUAAUUGAGUGGAUGGUUAGGUGUAAUGUAAUGAUCUUCCAUAAUUAUAUGUCAUGACUCUUUGGGAGUUGAGCACUAAUCUAGAAAGUAAUUACUUCCAAUCUGAUCAUCAUUAUGAUUAAUACCCAUUAACCCAACCUACUACAAUCCAUAAUCAAAAUGAGUGAAUGAACACACAAAGAAGAAGGACAAACAUAUAUCACAUGUGAUGAGUUCACAUGAUAAUGUGGUGGAAUAACUUUUGUGAUGAUUU